GAGAGACUCCAGUCCAGCUCGCAGACAAAUCUGCACCAGGUUUGAAAAAUCACUCGGACCUGCCAAAGUAAAACCUUAACAAGCACAAGUGCCUUUUGAAUCAAAGUCUGUAGGUUUGCAGUGAACAGGCUGAUGAGGGGCACAGGCAAAGAUGGCUCGUAGGGGACGGGGCGCCUUGGGUCUUACCUCAGUUUCAGAGAUGGGGAGGCAGCAGUGAGGGUCAGCGCCAGCCCUUUGGACAACAGACAACUCCGCGGAGGAUGUCCUAUCAAGAUGAAUAUGGCUCAUUCAAGAAUUAACUCUCUACUCAUCUUCUACCUCAGUUUUUUGCUGCUCAUCCAUUUAAAAAAGUCACUUUGCACGAGGAAUGAUUCCAGGUGCCUGUCAAACUCUUGCCAAAAGAACUCUACAUGCGUUGCUGGUUGUAAAGGCGAUAUUUGCUGUUGUGCGGACGCAUCAGUGGACAGCGUGGAGGAACUUUGUAAUAACACUGCUGAUCCCUGCUCCUCAAGCCCUUGUCUUCAAAAUGCUACCUGUUUAAGCUCUGCUGGAAACCUCAGCUUUACUUGCGAGUGCCCUGCUGGGUAUAAUGGGCCUAACUGUGAAAUAGCUGUCAGCGUGUGUGACACAAACCCGUGUGAGCAUGGAGGAACCUGCCAAAGUGGCCUGGCUGGGCCCACCUGCCUUUGUAGCGCAGGAUACACAGGUACACUCUGUGAAAUGGAUUUUGAUGAAUGCAUUUCCGAACCAUGUCACAACGGAGCGGUGUGCAGGGAUGGGGUUGAUGAAUACUCCUGCUACUGCGUCCCAGGCUACCAAGGCAAGCACUGUGACCUGGAGGUGAAUGAAUGUGUGUCAGAUCCGUGCCUGAAUGGGGCAACAUGUCUCAACCAGAUAGGACAGUAUAACUGCAUCUGUCCACUUGGAUACACAGGUACAAACUGUGAGCUGGAAAUCGAUGAGUGCUUGUCACAGCCGUGCCUGAAUGGUGCAACCUGCCGCGAUUCCCUGGGGAGCUUCGCCUGCUCCUGCGCCCCCGGCUUCCUCGGGGACCUCUGUGAAACCAACAUCGAUGAGUGCGUCAGCCAGCCGUGUCUCAACGGGGGACAGUGCAUGGACCAUGCCAACGGGUACAGCUGCAACUGUACUGGUACUGGAUUUAUGGGCAUACACUGCGAGACCCUAAUGCCCUUAUGCUGGUCACAACCAUGCUACAAUAACGGCACUUGCGAGGACAACGCUGACAAUUACACAUGCCACUGCUGGCCAGGCUAUGCGGGUUCCCGCUGCGAGGAGGACAUCGGGGAGUGCAGCAGCAGCCCCUGCCUCUCUGGGGGUGACUGCGUGGAGCGAUCCUGGGCCAGCCGCUACGGGAGCGUGCCAGGCCUGCCACCGACCUUCAGCUACGACAAGGCCGAGGGCUAUAUCUGUAGCUGCAAGCCAGGCUUUACCGGUACUCACUGUGAUGAAGACAUCAACGAAUGUUACACGAACCCUUGCCAAAAUGGUGGAAUCUGUGAGAAUUUUCCUGGGAAUUACACUUGCCAUUGCCCACCUGCAGACAAAGAAGGGAUUUAUUAUGGUGGCUGGAACUGUACAGAAGUCCUCCGUGGCUGUACUGAUCAGCAAUGCCAAAACAAUGGAAUAUGUAUCCCACAUUUAAAAAAUGGCCAACACGGAUUCAGCUGCGUGUGUUCACCUGGGUAUACUGGAAGGCACUGUGAAACCGUAACAACAUUUUCUUUUCAAGGAAACAGUUUCCUUUUGCUGAAGAAUCCUGUGACUCCUAAAAAGGAAUUUUUCUAUAACAUAAACCUGAGGUUUCAGACUGUGCAACCUACGGCUUUGCUGUUUUACCGAGGGGAGAAAAACACAUUUGCGAAGCUGGAGUUACUGAAUGGCUACUUACAGUUAUCCGUGCAAGUCAAUAACCAGCCACAGGCUCUUUUGCAUAUUUCACAUAAUGUCAGUGAUGGAGAAUGGCAUUCCGUGGAGGUAACCUUGGCAAGAGCUGUUACUCUUAAUUUGCCUGACAGCUCUUGUGUAGAAUCAUGUCUCAAUAAAACGUCUGCUAUGAUAGAUAACGAUCACGUGAUGCUUGCAUUUCAGAGCACGUUUUUGGGCGGCUUACCAGUGGGGAAUAUUAGCGGCAACUCUCUGCUUAACACCUAUAAUAUACGUUCUGCACCUUCAUUUGUAGGCUGUCUCCAGGACAUUGAAAUAGACUUGAAUGUUAUUACUCCAGAGAACCUAUCACCUGAAUCAUCUUUAAAUGUCAGGACAGGAUGUACUAAAAAGGACUGGUGUGAAACUCACCCUUGUAAGAACAGGGGACGCUGUACCAACCUGUGGCUGAGCUACCACUGCAAUUGCUACCGGCCCUACACAGGGCCAAGCUGCGCAACAGAGUACAUUCCAGGCCGGUUUGGAUCUGAGGACUCCUCAGGCUAUGCUGCUUUUUCUCUUGGUGCCACUCAGAACGAAAAUUUGGACAUAUCAAUGUUUGUCCGAACACGCAAAUCUUCUGGCUUGUUACUGGCUUUGAGAAACAGUACUUACCUCUACGUAAGAGUCUACUUGGAAGGUGGGAAACUCACACUGUUAGCUCUAAAUUCCAUGAAGUUAGUAGGGAAACACUCCAUGAACGAUGGAAACUUUCACUUAAUAACAUUAAAAAUAGAACCAAAUAAGAUGGAAUUGUUCCAAUCCUCUCAAUACCUAGGCUUUAUUUCUACUCCAGUACUAACCAUCCAAAGUAAGGAUAUUCUUUAUAUCGGAGGCCUACCAGAUAACAAAGAAAUUGAUAGAAAUGGCAGGUAUUUCAAAGGCUGCAUCCAAGAUAUAAGAGUGAAUCACCAGCCGCUGGAAUUCUUCCCCAUCACCAAUCCACUGAAUUCUUUUAUCAACCGAACUCUGAUCAAUGUCACCCAAGGCUGCACUGGUGACAACCUCUGCAAGUCCAGCCCUUGCCACAAUGGUGGUGUGUGCUAUUCAAUCUGGGAUGACUUCACGUGCACAUGCCCCCCUAACACAGCGGGGAAGGCAUGCGAGGAAGUUAAGUGGUGUGAGCUUGGACUCUGUCCUCCUGAAGCACAAUGCCAGCUGGUGCACCAAGGAUUUGAAUGUCUUGCUAAUGCAGUGUUUAGUGGCCGAAGCAGUGCGAUAUUUUACAGAAGCAAUGGAAAAAUCAGCAGAGACCUCACCAAUAUCGUAUUUGGCUUUCGAACUAGGGACACUGACGUGAUUCUGCUGUAUGCGGAGAAGGAGCCAGAGUUUGUUAUCAUCAGUAUUCACAACUCCAAAUUAGUCUUUCAAUUACAAAGCGGCAACAGCUUUUAUAAGCUGACCCUUGCUAGCUCACUGCCCGUGAGUGACGGGAAAUGGCACCAAGUGAUGGUCUCUAUGGUAGAGCCUCUGUCCCAGUUCUCUAGAUGGCACAUGGAUAUAGACAGCAAGAAAGACACCGCAACUAGCACAACUGCCGCAGGAAGCCUCAACUUUUUAAGAGAUGAGACAGACAUCUAUGUGGCUGACAAGGCUUUUGACAGUCUGGAUGGCCUGCGAGGAUGCAUGAGCACCAUAGAAAUCAGUGGCAUUUAUCUCUCAUACUUUGAAAAUGAGGACAUCCCUACUAAAAAACCUCAAGAGGAGCAGUUUCUCAAAAUAUCCGCAAACCCUGCUCUUACUGGCUGUUCGCAGGUAGAAGUCUGCAGCUCAGAUCCCUGUAUGCAUGAGGGGAUAUGUGAAGACUUCUAUACUUCCUACCGUUGCAUAUGUCCCAAAGGAUGGACUGGCACCCAUUGUGAAGUCAACAUCGAUGAAUGCUUUUCAAACCCCUGCAUUCAUGGGAACUGCACUGACGGGAUCAGCUCUUAUGAGUGCAGUUGUGAACCUGGUUACACAGGGGUAAACUGUGAAGAGGACAUAGACAACUGCCGGGGCCACCAGUGUGCAAACGGGGCCACUUGCGUAGAUGGGAUUGAUGGAUAUUCUUGCCUGUGUGCUGGUAACUUCACAGGAAAAUUUUGCAGAUACAGAAGAUUACCGUAUACAGUUUGUGGGAACGAAGAGAGAAACCUCACCUGUUUCAACUAUGGCAACUGCACCGAUCUUAGCGGCGAGCUGAAAUGUGUGUGCCUGCCUGGGUUUGCUGGAGAACGGUGUGAAAAGGACAUCGAUGAGUGCAGCUCCGACCCGUGUCUGAAUGGGGGCCUCUGCCAGAACCUACUCAACAAGUUCCACUGCCUCUGCGACGUCAACUAUGCCGGAGACCGCUGUGAGAUAGAUUUGACAACUGACUUGAUCUCGAACAUAUUCACCUCCAUUGGCUCAGUAACGCUGGCCUUGUUAUUGAUCCUCUUCUUGGCAGUUGUGGUUUCAGUCAUCGCUGCCAAUAAACGGGCGACUCAAGGGACCUACAGCCCCAGCCGGCAGGAGAAGGAGGGAUCCCGGGUAGAAAUGUGGAACAUGGUGCAGCCACCGCCGACAGAAAGACUGAUUUAGAAGAAAACUCUCCUCCAUCCUGGAAGAUGGCUGAAAGGGGACAGUGUACAUAUGUUAGAUAUGUUUGUUUUCAUUCUGAUUCCGGAAAUACUGAUAUAAAGAUUGCAAUGACUUUGGGCCUUCAAUAUUUUCAAUAUAUCAAUAAUUUUAAGUCGAAUAAUAUUAAAAUUCUCUUAGCAUUUAAGUGACCCAACGCCAUUUAUCUUUGUUUUGGACCAACCCAUCCAAGGGCAACUUUUAUUUCCACUGGGAAGUCCAGCCUUGGUAAUCAGCGGUAGGCGUUACAGACAGUAAUGGCUCCUGGGAUACACGUAAGUGCCUGUCUCGGAUGCAACAUGAAAAACAGCUUCUCGUUUGUGCUUUCCUUUGACUGCCUCGCAAUCACUGCAGCAGAAGACAAUGCAGACUAAUCAAAUAAACCUGUACAGUAAAGACAUUAUAAUUCUGUUAUCAAAGGGUUUAGUACUAGAGCUGUGUCUCAGCAUAUCUACUUUCAUCUGUUAAUCAGGGAUUAAAAGGAAGCUGUGUGAAAAAUCUCCAAAAUAAAUGCUUCAUAUUUAAUUGGUUUUCUUUCCUUCAGUUCUCUCAUUUUACCCUCUGCCCUUCUAACUUCUACUGAAAAGAAUUUCAGUUUCCAGAAGAGCACAUAUUUCUCUGAGUGUAAAAGACCGUGUCCUAAAAUUUCUGGUGGGCAUAAUCUGACCUCUUGGAAGACAUGAAAUCAACAUCCUAAGCAAAUUUUCAUAUCCACACUACUGCCAUUUUCUCAUUACAAUACUACUCGACGGCCCAUUUUAUAAAACUAUUGCUUCUGACAUUGCAAACAUAUUUUGGCUGCCCAAAAGCACACUCAAAAACAUUUCCCAAAGCUCAUGGAAAAUACCAGGAAAGUGGCAGAAGUGGCCUACGGGUAAAGCACUGCCUUGGAAAUAACGAAAAAGCAUCUCAGCUCUGAUGACAGAGUUGGUGCUUCUCCUGGAGUUGAGACUUCUCAUAUGAUUACAGGCAAAUACUUUUUGGUGCCUCAAUUUUCAUCUUUUAAAACAGGGAUAAUCCCAUUUAACUACCUCAUAAUGCAACAAAAGGAUUGCAACUGUUUGUUGAUAAAGAAACACAUGCAUAAAAUGUAAUUGAAUAACAAGAAAAGUUUGUAAGAAAUCUUGCAAUGAAAUAGAUAUUUGAAAAUCUUCAAGAGAUUUAAUGAUCAUUCUUGUAGUAGGAAAGGAUGUGCCAAAAAUACACCCAGAGUUUAUUUGAACCGUAGAGGCAAAUUUUAGCAGUGACUCUCUGAUCCAGUAGAUUUUCACACAUAGUCAAGAAAUUAAAGCAUAAGCAUUGCUCCCACACAAACCAAACCCACAAUAAAGAGGCAAUGAAGUGGAUAGUUCAUGAUGGCAUUUCUUUCUUCCUGCAGUUCAGUUUAUAUGUUCCCACAGUUGUGAAACAUCCCAGAUAUAUACAUCCAACCCCGGACUGCUAUUCCAGGAGUUGCAUAAUGCAGCACGCACACUCACUACCCAAGACUUUAACUCGUCUUUUUAACUAAAGAUCAAUUCAUAAUUCAUUUUGAACGAACCCCUUAAGGGAUUACUGAAGAUCAAUGUCACUCACAUUUAUUUUUGUACGAGAUGAUUAUCAGUAACUGUGAUAGUAAGCACAUUCUGCAUUUCUUGCAGUCCUCACCAAUAUCUUUGAAAGCAAAGCACUACAGAAAAUGUGAGCGGAUGGCGGGAUUCAAGCCGAGUUAAAAGAGCAGAAUGUAGUCACAGCGAAAAUGCACAACAGAUUUUAUGCUAGCCCAAUUUACAGCUUUAGUACCAAAGCUUGUUAUUUUGAAUGCAAUCGUUGUUGUACAGAUGCAGUUUAAAUCCAGAGAGUUCAAAUGGCAACUAAGGAAAGAACAGAAAAAUAAGUUACCAAAAAUAUGAUCGUAGAUAAGAGAUAGCAGAGAUUCGGGAAGAUCUUUUUAAGUUAUGGCAAUAUCUAAUAACAGAUGUAAUAGCUUUUAAUUGAAACUCUUGGUUUAUCCCAGCAUUUGUCCUGUGAGACACUGCUAAGGCAGAAUAAAAAAAUACUAUGAAGUUUGUUAGCCAUGAUCAUUUUUAGGAAGAUAAGUAAAUAUUUGCAAAAAGAAGAAACUGACUCAAAGAGCAUACACCUUGAGGUAGAUACUGCUCAGCAAACGAGACAGCAAUGGGCAGUGUGUGAGGACGAGAGACCUCAAGGGAAGCAGGAGUGAUUUGGGCAGACUCUUACAAACAUUGCUCUAGCCUCACCCAAAAAAGGUUCAGGAGACCCAAAGACAAGGCCACCUUCUAGACAGAGGUGGCAAAGCGGGCAAAGAUACAGGAACCUGUGCAAAGAGGAGGGCAAGCAAUGAGCAAGCGGCCAAGAAGUUGUGUAAGGCUGGAGGCUGGGGAGGGCUUGGGGCAGAGAGCUCUGAAAACCAGGGGGAGUCCAGAGGCACCAACUGGGCACAGGGAGCAGAAGCAGCAUUGAACUAGUAAAGCAGAUGCAAGGCAGACGCUUCCCCACACCUGCUUUGUGUUCUUGGAUUUCUGGUCAGUGAGCUAAAAGAAGAAAUAAAAUUGACAGAGACCACAGUGAAUAGCAGAGAUGGAGAAAGAAAACCAGAAAUAAAGUCAUUUCAGAAGAAGCAGUAGAAUGGUUAUACUAAAGACCUAAUUUUGAAGUUUGCCCUUCUUUGAGCAGGAGGUCGGACUAGAUGACCUCAGCAGGUCCCUUCCAGACAAAAUCAUUAUGUGAUUCAAAGGGAAAGGACAAAAGAGAGAAAGCAGCUGAAGGUGGAGGCAGUUUGCAUGGAGAACUAACUUGAAGGAAAGUAUUCUUGUUCACAGCGAAAGACAGAGCAAGAAUAAGGAAGUGGCUGGAAAGUAAUUCUGCUCUUCUCAGUGGUUUGACUUUCUGGAUGAAAUUUUGGAGACAGUAGAAAAACAAUCUGUACAGAGGUAAGAAAAUAUUUGAGAAAGUGUUGCCAUGCAGAGGAUCUAGAGGGCUGAGCAAGAUACCCAGGAACGUGUAGAGAGGAAGGACAAGCAGAGAAUAUGAAAGCCUGAAGAGUUUUCAUACAGACCAAAGAGAGCUCUGAAGGAAUACGCUCCUAAAGAAUUAAAAAGGCACCCAUAAGAGCACGACAAAGGGAAAAAUUUUGCAGUGAAAUAUGACUGUGGUUUGUAGAAGGUAAGUCAAGAAGAGAGAAGGCAGGGGAAAAAAACCUUUAAACUAAGAUUAGAGUAGGUCGUAAGUGACUGCUGUCAGUCUCGGUGGAGAGGAAACAAUAAAAAUAAGAGUGGUGAAAAUGCAAGAGUGAGAGGAGAAAAGGAAAUGAAAGUGCACGGCACCUGAGGAAGGCGGAGGCAAAAGCUGGAUGGCAACAAGGGUGACCUGGGCUUUCAUAGCAGGGAGACCAUAGGAAAGGGAGGGAGGGCGAUGGUGAGGCAGGAAUGAGAAUUACCCCUAGCGAAGCAGGGCUGUGUAAGAUAAUUUAGAGGGAGCACAUUUUAUUGCAAUUAAGGAUUAAAAGGUGAAAUAUUCAAAACUGUAUUUAUGAUCUUAUAAAAUCAUCAGAUCUCUAAACAAGAAAAGGCCCAAAAGGCACAAAUGUCAGUUCUAAAUACACUUUCUGAAAAGCUGAAUUAACAAAGCAAUGUCCAAAGAAGGCAGGGAGGCAGACGCAGCAGCUGGAAAAGCUCAAUAGCAGCCUGGAGACGCACAAAAAGUCCCAAAGCCGUCACUAUAUUAACAUGCUAUAGUCAUUGUGAAAUGCAUGGUUAAGAAGACUGACCCUUCCGGGCCAUAUCUCAACCAGGGAACAACAGUUAAAACAAAAGAGAAUGCAUUAUAAAGAGCGUCUAAUACCAUCUUUGCUGAAAUUUAAACUGCGGAUUAAUACUGACAUAGCAGAUGUCAAGAUAUUUACUGCUUCUCAGCCCAGGGGUGUAAUAAAAUGCGUGCAGAAGCACAGACAUUCAGGGAGGAGCAAUAACAUCUAAGAGCGGUGGAGAGCAUUUGUGCCGCUAUAAAGAAAAAAUAUCGAGAUUGGCUUCUGGUUUCCCAAAAAAGCACUCAUAACCUCCAUUAACACGGAGGUAUCUCCAUGCAGAAGACCUAAAAUAUUUCUAAAUUACAUUUGUUUAAUCUAUCUCACUGUUUUGACUCAAAAGCUGAAAGUAAAAUAAUCUAUUCGUGAUCACUUGCAACCUAUCCAUUAAAGAAACAAAGGCGCCACAUGCUCCCAAAUCUUACACAUUUAAACUUUCUCUUCAUAUCUAACAGCCUUCUACAAAGAAAGAGAAGGUGCUAAGUUAGAGCACUUGAUCUGCUCUGCACCAGAUCCCUCUGAAAAUACUCAGAAGCAGGAGACGCAACUUACUCCCCUUUCACAGCCCAUGCCCUUUUGCCUUGGAAAGAGGUGACACCCAGCCUGUGAAUCAGCGAGGAGCAGCUUCAGAGUCCCAGGAAUAUUUACACUAGGCAAACUAAAAGUAUUGCAGCUGGAAUUAGGCCAGCUCAAAAUGAUUAUAGCGUAUCACUGCAUUACGUGCCUUCUCCAUCUUAUGUAAAAUUAUCAUUCCUUCUCUGUAUGUACAUAGUAUGUUCAUAGCUUAGAUGGUGUAUUAGUAUUACUA